CGUGCCUGCCGCCGUGGGCCUGCGGUUAGGAAGUGCUGGAGUCGGGGCCGGGGUCCUGAGACUCCCACAGACAGCCGGCGGCAGAGCAGACCCGAGGCAGCGCGGAGUUUGCUGUAGGAAGAGCGGCUUUAAAACCUGCGCGCCCGGCUCCGCUGGCAGAUACCAUUGCGUAGUUUGAAUCAGGAAUGAACUUUUCUGAAAGCUAAGAGUGGAAGUCUUGAUCAGCAUGGAGGACAAAAGACGGCGAGCCCGAGUGCAGGGAGCCUGGACUGGUCCUGCUAAGAGCCAGGUCACUGCUCAGCCAGCUCCCACUGCUGAGAACCAUCUCCAACAGAGACUUGGUAAAACCUGGAUGAACAAGGAGCAGCAUCUGUCUGACAGACAGUUUGUGUUCAAAGAACCCCAGGAGGUGGUACGCAGAGCCCCAGAGCCACGAGUGAUCGAUAAAGAGGGUGUGUAUGAAAUCAGCAUGUCACCCACAGGCGUAUCUAGGGUGUGUUUAUGUCCUGGCUUUAUUGACUUGAAAGAAGCCGACUUGGUGUUUGAACAGCUUUGUCGGGAUGUUCCCUGGAAACAGAGGACCGGCAUCAGAGACGAUGUAACUUACCAGCAGCCAAGACUUACAGCAUGGUAUGGAGAACUUCCUUACACUUAUUCAAGAAUCACUAUGGAACCAAAUCCUCACUGGCAUCCCGUGCUGCUCAUGCUGAAGAACCAAGUUGAAGAGAACAGUGGCCACACCUUCAACUCCUUGCUCUGCAAUCUGUACCGGAGCGAGAAGGACAGCGUGGACUGGCACAGUGAUGACGAGCCUUCACUGGGGAGGUGCCCCGUCAUUGCUUCUCUCAGUUUUGGUGCCACGCGUGUGUUUGAGAUGAGAAGGAAGCCCCCACCAGAAGACAAUGGAGACUACACGUAUGUGGACAGAGUGAAGAUACCCUUGGAUCACGGGACCCUGUUAAUCAUGGAAGGGGCCACGCAAGCGGACUGGCAGCAUCGAGUGCCCAAAGAGUACCACUCCAGAGAACCAAGAAUAAACUUGACCUUUCGGACAGUUUAUCCUGACCCUCGAGGGGCGCACUGGUGAUGUGAGAUCCUGGAGAGAGGAGCCAUGCUGAGACUGAGCAAACCUUCCUCCAUGAAGACACUUCCAGAGGCUGGUCCAGCUGCUCUCGUGGCUGUUUGGAGGAUGAGGAUGGGAUUUGCUUCCCAGCUCGGAGUCCUAUUAAAUGACAGCCUGCAGUUUGUGUUCAAAAUACGUUUACUGUGGGAACAGUAAUCCCUAAUCACAUUUUGAAAUCACAUAUUUUCUUUAGGCAAAUUAAAAACCGCUGUGGCUGUGUUUACCAAUGAUUUUGCCCAUAAGCCGUUUCCCCUGCCUGCCCUCUCCGGUUUCGGUUGAAGAAAUAUGAAUGGACUUUGCCUCCAGGGGAGGGUAAAUCCACAUCUUUGUUCCUUGUGCCUGUAGCAAAGUGGAGAUAGUAAUACACAUCAGUGACUCGGGAGCCUUCCACAGGCAGACAGCUGCUGCAACCCAACAGAGCUUUGUUGAAGUCUGCCUCGACUCCUGAACAUCUUGGCUUAUGUGCUGUGGUAAUGGAAAUCUGCAUACUCUGGGAGUGCUUUAUUUAACCGAGUCUCCUUGCCUGUCCAUCUCCCUGGGAGACACGCAGACAGGUUUCAGGCCUCUGAGUGAAGAGCAGAGGUGGUAUUCUCCAGUGUAUCUCCAAGCCGCCCCCUGGACUGCUUGUAAUACAAGAGGAAACUGUCCCCUCAAAGGGAGGAGAAAUGGAGUGAUGUCAUGAGAAAUUUCAGCUGAAGAGCGGCAAAUGCCCUGCUAGUGGCAGCUGUUCCACAUAGAUUAGUUCCCCCCUGGAGAAUUACUUGAGUCACUUAAACCCAAGCCAGAUAGGAGUGGGAGCCGUCCUGCAGGGAACAGACUCAGUUACCUUAACAGUGCUGUCCCUGUAGAGUUCAGUAGCCCCGUGACUAAGGCUUUUUUCUGACUCAGUGUUGUCUUCUGUACACGCUCCCAAGAUUCAAGGGUUCGUCUCUGAUGUCACCAAGGUUCCCAAAACAGAGCAGCUGCCCCUUGUUGCAUCAUAAAAGCAUCUGUCUUCCUGACCCCUCAACUUCGGAGCAGCAUGCCGGAUCAGUUCCAGACCAAGACAGAGGAAACCAGAGAGAAAGAGGAUGGAUUAACGUGGCUGAAAGUAGGGUGAGGGAGUUAGAGUCUCCCUAGCGCCCCAGGGGGGAAAUCUACCCAGCCUUCUUGCUUUUUGGGCUUGUUUCCAUUCCAUGCUGUAAGACUGAUGAGCCCCAGGAUCAUGAUAGAAGGCCAGAAGGCAGAUGAAUGCCUUGCCUGGCCAGGUGCUGUUCUUCUCUGUCAAGCUCUAUGACUUCUUGAACCAGAGUCUCUUUCUCUUAAAUGUUGUUGCAUGUGUGUAGCUCCUUUGUCUAAGACACACCAAAUACUUUAUAAAAUCUGAGCAUCACAGUAAGCCUCCUGUGAGAGAGAUACAAAUUACCACAACAAUAAAACAAAACCUGUUUAA